CUUGAACACCUCCAACAUGAAGUGUAUUCACAUUGUGUUACUUUUGUGCUUCCACUUAAGUCUUUGCAAGCUCACUUCAACAUCAGACACAUCUCAAGAGGACCUGGUGGAUAAAAAGUGCUUAAUGAAUAAAUACACACAUCUCUCCUGCAAUAAAGUCUUCUGCCAACCAUGGCAGAGAUGCAUUGAGGGGACCUGUGUUUGUAAACUCCCUUAUCAGUGCCCAAAGAAUGGCACCUCAGUGUGUUCAACUAAUGGGAAAAACUACCCAACUUACUGUAAACAAAAGAGUUUGGAAUGUAUUCGUCCAGAAUCAAAGUUUUUACACAAUGGAACAUGCAGAGGUAAAGGAAGUUUUAAUGUUUCCUUGAAAUAUAAAAAUAAAGAUUCAGAGGGAAUUGUUGAAGUAAAACUUGUGGAUCAAGAUAAGAAAACAUUCAUAUGUAAAAGCACCUGGAGCAUUACGGAGGCCAACGUGGCCUGCCGUGACCUUGGAUUUCAGCAAGGUGCUUUUGAUACUCAUGGAAGGUUUUAUAUUACUGACGAACUUCAUAUAAAUUCUGCUGAUUGUGUGCAUGUGCGUUGUCGGGGAUUAGAGACCACUUUGGCUGAAUGUACUUUUACUAAGAGGAGAACGAAGGGUUACCAGGGUUUAGCUGGUGUGGUGUGUUACACACAGGAUACAGCUCCUCCAGAAAAAGAGUCCUUUCAGUGUGUGAAUGGAAAAUACAUUCUUCAGAAGAAGGCUUGUGAUGGUGUCAAUGAUUGUGGAGACCUAAGUGAUGAGCUAUGCUGUAAAGAGUGCAGAAGUGGAAGUUUCCGCUGUAAAUCGGGUGUGUGUAUUCCAAACCAGUAUAAAUGCAAUGGUGAGGUGGACUGCAUUACUGGAGAUGAUGAAGUUAAUUGUGAAGACUUUGCAACUGUGGCUCAAGAAGAAACAGAAAUGUUGACCGCUGAUAUGGAUGCAGAAAGAAAGCAGAUAAAGUCAUUCUUACCUAAACUAUCCUGUGGAAUUAAAAACAGCUCGCACGCUCGGAGGAAGCGAGUCGUUGGAGGAAAGCCAGCAGGAGUGGGAGACUUACCAUGGCAGGUGGCAAUUAAGGAUGGCAAAGAAAUCAAAUGUGGGGGAAUUUAUAUUGGUGGCUGUUGGAUUCUGACUGCUGCACACUGUGUCAGAGUCAGUAAAGCUCGCCAUUACCAAGUAUGGACAUCAUUAGUAGACUGGAUAAGACCUAACUCUGAGCUAUUGGUUGAAACAGUGAAUAAAGUUAUUAUCCAUGAAAAAUACAAUGGCACCACCUACGAAAAUGACAUAGCUUUGCUUGAAAUGAAAAAAUUCUCAAACCACAAAGAAUGUGAGCUGCCUAAUUCCAUCCCUGCCUGUGUCCCCUGGUCUCCAUAUCUAUUCCAACCUAAUGAUAAAUGCAUCGUUUCUGGCUGGGGUCGAGAAAAAGAUAACCAAAAAGUCUAUUCACUUAGGUGGGGUGAAGUUAACCUAAUAGGCAACUGCUCUAAGUUUUACUCAAAUCGCUACUUUGAAAAAGAAAUGGAAUGUGCAGGUACAAAAGAUGGUUCCAUUGAUGCCUGUAAAGGGGACUCUGGAGGCCCCUUAGUCUGUAUGGACAUCAACAAUGUGUCUUAUGUUUGGGGUAUUGUGAGUUGGGGUGAAAACUGUGGAGAACCAGAGUUCCCAGGUGUUUACACCAAAGUGGCCAAUUAUUUUGACUGGAUUAGCUAUCAUGUGGGAAGGGCUCUUAUUUCUCAGCACAAUAUAUAACAUUGUGA